ACUCGAUAAUUUACGGAAUCACGCGUAAUGUUGUGUCAGUAAAAUCCGUGCCAAGUAUUGUUCCAAAAUUUCCCAGUAUUACUAGAAUACGCAGUAAAUUAGGUAUGCCUCUAAAUGGCGCGAGUUCAUUCCCUGCAAAAACAGAUUUAAAUUCUUUUAUAUCAGUUACAAAAACUCAAGAAGUUAGGAUAUCAAUCGUUGGGACAAGCGCUGGAUCCAAUUCAACUGUGUUAAACAAUAGUGAUUUAGAUGAAAUAGACUUAGAUGAUUCAAAAAUUCAAUAA